CUUUGCUUUAAUUGUAGCUGGCCUUUGCAUAACAAUAUCAUAAAAACGCUUUGCCUCACCUCUUAUUUAUACACGCCAAUAGGUGGUCGCAUUCCGGGAAAACAAGACACGUCGCCGAUUCAGGUAUUAUAUUUAUGUCUUAUCCAUAUCUAACCUACAACUAUACAAGCCAGAUUACAAGAACUCUCCAAAUACUUCUUUAUAGUAAAGGUAUACAAAGAAGGCGGCGGAGCAAUGAAAUGAUGAAUAACAGAGAAGACGAUCGAGAUAAUUAAUGGUGAUAUGGGCCAAGCCACUAGGAAGCUGCGUACUGAGGUUACUGAAAGUGAAAGGAUCGCAGCCUUAAAACCCAAUAGUAAUGAAUGGAAAAGAGUCUCGGUGAAAUAUAGACCGAAGUUUGAACGGCUUUUAAAAAUUUGGGAGAAUGCCAAUGAGUCUCAGUCGAUAACAAUAAUAAAUGGCAACCGCGUAUGUUUUGACAAAGAGUUCCUCAUUGGGGGUGGCAGUUAUGGCACUGAAGUUUACAUUGGUUUGGGAUCUGACGGGAUAGAACGAGCGAUAAAACGUCUGCCAAAACGCUUAUGUGAUCAUUUGGGGAAGAAUGAACGAGAUAUCUUGAACUCUCGGAAUGCAACCGAGUCGCCACGAAUUGUCAAGUAUUGGUUCUACGAUGAUACUUCCAACCGUGAUUUCUGUUAUUUAAUUCUGAAUUUAUAUGAACGAAAUCUUGAAGAUUAUAUCAGGGAAGAAGGCGACAAAAUAACAGAAUUUAGCGCUCGAGUGAUGAUACGUCAAGUGUUGGAAGGGCUCAGAGCAUUACAUGCUAAAAAUCCCGAUAGAAUUUUGCACAGAGACUUGAAGCCGGCCAAUAUACUUGUUGAUGUGGAUGGAAAUAUAGCGCUGUCUGAUUUUGGUAUUGGACUGUUUUUCAGAGAAGGUAUAUAAUCAUGCAAAAUAUAUGCAUGGUGUCACGAGGGUUCUGAGCGUUAAUAUAUCCUUUUCGGGACUUUCCAAAUGCAGUAAACACUAUAGCCUGAGUACCAGACUCUAUUUUACAAAUCAGCGCUAGCGCAGUCUAAAACAAAAUAGAGCAACAACAAGGGCAGUUUCGUGCUCGACGAAUCAGCGCAUUUGUUUACAUUUUCGCUGUCAGCUAAUCAUAAUGCAGGAAACGAGAAAUUUACACCAAGGCGAGCUAGGAAAUAUUGCCGUCUUCUCGGGCUUCCGUGACAUUCAAUUUUAACUUUUUAAAUUUAAAACCAAAAGAUUAUGAUGCAGCACAUUAAAAUCUAAAACUUUUCCGGGGGAAUUUUCAAUUUUCGACCUAGAACGGAAAAUAUCCAUGUUUGAAAUUUUUCCCUCUGUCGCGUAUACAAAUUUUAGUAAUCUAAUUUGACUGCAAUAAAACUAAAAAUUGCUAUAUUUUCUCUGCUUUACGCUUUUGUUGGAAAACUCUUUUCUGCUCUUGUUGAAAAUCGUUUUGGUCAAUGUAUUAUUUCAUAACCUAGAAGAUAACGCGUUUAGAGAGUCUAAUUUUCUGCAAAAUUUUUCGGACAAUAUUUUUGUAUUGAUUUCCCGUAAUAGUCUAGGACCUGUAUAUGAGUUUGUAUACGUUGCAUUUAGGACAUGCAGGUAAUCUCAACUGUUUUAGGGUAAAAUUACCAUGGCGGUCAACAUGGCAUAUGUGCCAAAACCUGAAUCCGGGCGGAAAGUCCUGAAAAUGACCCCGCCCUGAAACGGCAGUGUCGACAUAGCUCUAACUUCCGAAAAGGAAAAGCGAUAGCCAUUGUGAAGUGCUUAUAGUGUUUAGAAGGGUUGCUUUUAGGGGUGGUGAUUGGAAAGAAAAAUUUGUCUAAGUAUAAUAUUUUACAAGAAAAUGACCAUGCACCACCCCAGGUAAAUUGCUAAUUAUGCAUAAAAUAACUAAUAUGCCUGGCAGGAAUUAAAUUUUCUUAUUUCCUAAAAAAUAUUAUGGGAUGAAAAACAAUGCUUGAUUUAACAUAAUUAUUGUGGAUUUCAUAAGGAUUGUCAUUGUUUUCUUUAAAUAAUACAUUUUAUUUCACUUACCCUCCUGUCUUGUUUGCUUUUAUCGCCGAAUCUCGCAAAUAUCAUCCCCAGUUGUUGUACUUUUACAUAAUGAUAAAUGGCUAAAGAAUAUUUCAACCAAGUUUCAUCAAGUUUUGAAACAGUGCAGUGUAUUUUAUCUUCGAUCGAUAUUGUGUCUUUCGAUAUUUCGUGAAAUAUAUGGCGCCAUUCGGCAAUGGCUCGCCGCUUCUUUGUCCGAUAAAUACCACUUCUUCGUCUUCAUAAGUAUUUAGAUUACAUUAUCCAAGCGGUACUUCAUUGUAGAAUAGUCCCCAUCCAAAAAUUGAAAACAUUAGGUGCACUUGAAAGAAAAAGGCCUCCCAUAACAGUUGUCUUGUCAAAAUUCAAAAGAAGUAAUUUAAAAGUCACGCGCAAGUUCGCGAAAAUUCCUCGUGGGCUACAUGACAGGCGAGGGGGGGGGGGUGAAUAUUUUCAUGAAACGUUUGUUUGCCACCACAGCAACCUAACUAAGUACAUUAUAUUUAUUGUAUUUUGGGAAUUUAUGAUAAAAACAACAAAUAUUUGCGUAUUUUUAUCAUCAAUCAUAAAAAUACAAAAAAUAUAAUAUAUUUAGUUAGGUUAAGUUGCUGUGGUGGCGAACAAACGUUUCGUAAAAAUAUUUGCCCCCCCUGUCAUGUAGCCCACGAGGAGUUUUUGCGAACUUGCGCGUGACUUUUAAAUUACUUCUUUUGAAUUCUGACAAGACAACUGUUAUGGGAGGCCUUUUCCUUUCAAGUGCACCUAAUGUUUUCAAUUUUUGAAUUGGGACUAUUCUACAAUGAAGUACUCUUGGAUAAUGUAAUCUAAAUACUUAUGAAGACGAAGAAGUGGUAUUUAUCGGUCAAAGAAGCGGUGAACCAUUGCAAUGGCGCCAUAUUUCACGAAAUAUCGAAGGACACAAUAUCGUGAGAUAAAAUACACUGCACUGUUUCAAAACUUGAUGAAACUGGGUUAAAAUCUUCUUUAGCCAUUUAUCAUUAUGUAAAAGUCAACAACUGGAUGAUAUUUGCGAGAUUCGGCGAUAAAAAACAAGCAAGACGCAAAAUAUGGCUGAAAUCGUGUUUUCAUGGGGGCUAAGUGAAAUAAAAUGUAUUAUAUUUAAGGUUACACGAUGAACGUGCGUUUUAGUGUAUUGGACAUUGCGCAACGAAUUUUAGGUGUAACUUUACCAAAUUUUCAGUGAAGAAAGCCAGGUAAAUGCUGAUUUCGAAAAUUUUCAUUUGAUGGGUGUUCUGUUUAAACAUUUUCAGUAUUGGCUGACUGAGUAAAUAUGUAGGUACCUUCAUAAAAAAAUCAAAAUAUGUUUAUAGUUUACCUCAACGGUUGUCUAGAUAUCGCAAUUCAAAUCUUCAUAGGCAUGGUAAAAAAACGUGUGCGGAAAAUUUCUCUUCUUUAGUGGUUUUUCUGAUAUGCCCUAAUUCUUGGAUUUGUCACUGAUAAUUCACGAAGUUGUCAAAGAAAACGUCAUAUCAGAAAAACCGUUGAAGAAGAGAAAUUUUCCGCACACGCUUUUUUUACCGUACCUAUGAAGAUUCAAAUCGAUAUAUGUAGACAAACGUUGAGGUAAACUAUAAAUAUAUUUUGAUUUUUUUAUGGGAUACUUAUGUAUUUCUUUAGUCAGCCAAUACUGGACAUGUUUAAACAGAACACCCAUCAAAUGAAGAUUUUCGAAAUCAGCACUUUAUUGGCUUUCUUCACUAAACAUUUGGUAAAGAUACACCUAAAAUUCGUUGCGCCAUGUUCAAUAGACUAAAACGCACGUUCAUCAUGUGAAGUAACCUUAAAGAAAACAAUGACAAUCCUUAUGAAAUCCACAAUAAUUAUGUUAAAUUAAGCAUUGUUUUUCAUCCCAUGAUAAUAUUUUUUAGGAAAUAAGAAAAUUUAAUUUCUGCCAGGCAUAUCAGUUAUUUUAUGCAUAAUUAGCAAUUUACCUGGGGUGGUGCAUGGUCAUUUUCUUGUAAAAUAUUAUACUUAGACAAAUUUCCCUUCCAAUCACCACCCCUAAAAGCAACCCUUCUAAACACUAUAAGCACUUCACAAUGGCUAUCGCUUUUCCUUUUCGGAAGUUAGAGCUAUGUCGACACUGCCGUUUCAGGGCAGAGGGCGGGGUCAUUUUCAGGACUUUCGUCCCGGAUUCAGGUUUUGGCACAUAUGCCAUGUUGACCGCCAUGGACAUUUUGCCCUAAAACAGUUGAGAUUACCUGUCCUAAAUGAAAUGCAUACAAACUCAUAUACAGGCCCUAGACUAUAUAUGGUCGCGAACGUGCGACCACAUAUUUUUUUUAAAUCAGGCGCUAUAAACGAGUUAUCGUCUAGGUUUUGAAAUGAAACAAGCAAUUUUUAGUUUUAUUGCAGUCAAAUUAGAUUACUCAAAUUUGUAUAUACGCGACAUAGGGAAAAAUUUCAAACAUGGAUAUUUUCCGUUGUAGGUCGAAAUUUAAAAAUUCCCACGGCAAAGUUUUAGAUUUUAAUGUGCUCAUCAUAAUCUUUUGGUUUUAAAUUUAAAAAGUUAAAAUUGAAUGUCACGGAAGCCCGAGAAGAGGGCAAUAUCUUCUAGUUCGCUUUGGUGUAAAUUUCGCGCUUCCUGCAUUAUGAUUAGCUAUCCCUCGAGAGAGGGAUUUUUUCGGAGAUAUUACCUACGUGUUUACAGUACACUGUCAAAGCAAAUGGUCGAACCCUUUUUAAAUUUUUCGUUUCUGAUAUAUUUCUCGUAUAUAUCUUUGGAAAAUCCCCGCUAAAAAAUAUUAUAACCAAUUUGCAUAAAUUAUAUGUGUGGGGCAGUUUCAGGUUCCGGCUUCAGUAUCGCGUUUUACUAGAAGCCAAACAAAGUCAAAAGUGUUAAUUAAAACUACGAUUAAUUAAAAAAUACCAAGAACAAUAGUGUAAUCUAAUUAGCAUUAAAUAACCUAUCAAAAUAAUUUUUUGGUGUAACAGACCAAUCAGGUGAAAGGCCGGAUUUUCGGCAAGGCACAGGGCCUGCUCAAAGUCUGCGGAUGUUGCGAUCGAGCUUAGUGUUGAGCUGCUUGAAUCAAUCCGCCAAUGAGAAACCAUAGUUUCUUCAUGUGACAUUGAAUAAAAAGGAGGAAAAUGCAAACGAUUUUGUAGUUUUCCUAGCGUGUGCGGUGAAAAUGUAUAGCUGAGGUAGCCGCUACGCGAGGCUGUUAGCUCAGCAAGUUUCUCUCGUGUGCGGCAGGCUGUAGGCUAGGCAAACACAAUAAUGCCACCGUUGUGUUUACUCUACUUUGGGAGUAAAAAGCAUCGUGUUAGAGUUAGGUUUGCCAUUAGAUUAUAAGAGAAAUGUAAAAUUAAGGCUUUUAAAACAGUAUAGACACUGGCAACAGGGUCGUAGCGACCGGGGUGUGGGUGUGGGGGGAGCAACACCCCGCUGAUAAUUGCUCACGAGCUCUUUCAGGUAGAUUUCCAGUAGAUUUUCAGGUAAAUUCAGGUAAUUCUCAGGGCAUAAAAAAGCGAACUCUAUGCUCUGAAUCAGAAUUAGAGUUAACCGUCGACCAACUAAAGACGUUGAGAGGCGUCGUGGCAGGGGGGGACAUGGCUAAAUACCCUUUCUGACGAUCUGGAGACUUCAAAUUUCAAAAAUUUUAAUUUCUCAAUUUUCGUAGUCACAUUUUAAAACUGUAAGUAAUAAUACUUAUCUUCAUUGUUAGACAAUACUAAAAUAUUGCCGAAAUAUUGGGUAGGAAAGACCUGAAAAAUGCCAUUUCUGACGGUCUAGGGACUUCAAUUUUUCAAAACAUUUUGCUCGGCACUAACCAUGGUGGCGCCUCGCAAAAUCAGGUGAAAACGUUAAGCUGGAAAAUUUUAGGUUAAUCUAACCUUACACCCCCUCCCCCCCCCCUCCUCCCCCAAAGGCAAAGUCCUAGCAAAGGCCCUGACUGACCAGGUACCAUAAUGCACCAGUCAAUGGUUUGGCCACGGCCCACGGGGUUUGAUAUUUUAUAAAUUAAAUGAAUUUCUGCCCGUACGCGUUUUCCCACCGUGGGGAUGAUACUAAACUCCAGGCAAAUGAAAAACGAUGAAGCGGAAAGUAGAGUUAUACUAAAUUAUUAGGAAGCAGUUCAUGGGCCGUUUAAUCCAUUAAGCAUUUAAAUACUCUGUCCAACGCAAGAGACAAUUUUACUAGGCAAGGAAAGCGUCUUGCACACCAAUGGGUUAACAACUGUGUUUUCAACUGUUUUAAUGGUAUUUAAUAUUUUUGCAUUUAAUAAUAAUACUUUUGCAUGGUAUUUUUAUUUUAUUACAAAAUAUAAGUAGAGUAUCAAUAUCAGAGGGAAGAAAAAACUAGGUAAAAAAUUAGGAAAAAAUUAGGUCUAUAAUUAUUUUACGCUGUCUAUUAUCAUAGAAUGUUAAAGACCAUGUAAAGUCCGUUCUGCGCAUACGUGCUGCGCAGGCUUACAUUCCAAUGGUCGGGAACCGACCGUUGGAAUGUUAUUAAUAUUUCGUAUCUUUUGAACUUUCUUGAAUUGAAUCUCUAGUCUGUAUUCAUUUUCAAGCAUAGCGAACCAGAAGAGUGUUAAAAAUUCAGUAUAAUAUAUAUCUACUCUAAUCAUAUGUUACAACUGUAGCACUGAGUUCAAAAUGUAAACAAAGCGUUAACUUUGUUUAUAUUACGGACUUUACAUGGUCUUUAAUGGGUGCAUGAAGAUGGUGGACACGUGACAAGAUUGAUGGUCGGCUAAAAGUAGGUUCUUCUCAAAUUCGCUUACCUUUGAAAAACCUUGUUAUAACUUGUUACUACAUCAGAGACUUAAAAAUUAUAGUGGGAACAGUCACCCCCUUGCUCCCCCUUCUCCAUAGUGUCCAGUGUCCACAACUUUAUUAAUUAAUUAAUGGACAAGACUCUCUCUUUGGAAAGUAUAAUCGUCAGCCGGCAUAUUUAGGCAUACUGUAAGAUAAUGUGAAAUAGAAGAUGGGGAAUUGCAAUUUUUACUUCUUUGCAGAUGCAAAUACACAUAAAACCAUUAACCAAUGUGGAACAAGUGGCUGGAUCGCAUGUGAAUGUAUUGACUGGGAUGAUUUGUACUCCAAUGAGCUGCGGGAUCCUUCAGAUGCACCAAUACAACUCAGGUGGAAAGAGGAAUCGGAUAUCCAAGUGGCUGGCAUGUUAGGAUUUUUUAUUUUGACUAAAGGAAAGCAUCCAUUUGGCCCGUCAAUACACCGACUGGAGAAAAUGUAUUUGGACAAUCCAAUCUGUUUAAUAGAACUCAGUGACCCAGUGGUGAAAGAUCUUCUUUCACAGAUGUUGGCAAAGGAUCCAGAUAAACGACCACGUGUAGUGCAAGCCUUGAAACAUCCAUACUUUCUCUCUCUCGAAGAGCAAAUACAGUUUUUGCAAGCUGUUGGCAAUGACCCUAAAAUAAUAGAGGACAACUGUGCUGUUUCUAAAGCGCUAGACAACCAUUGUCAAUCCCAACUUCGAUAUCCGUUGUUACCGAACAAUUGGAAAUCAGUGAUUGAUCCUAGUGACCUCGACACACUAUGUAGAGGAGGAAGGCCCUCGAAAACCUAUGUUAAUAGCCAAUAUACCCAUUGUCUUCGAUUGAUACGAAACGUUCUUCAGCAUCCGGAUGGCAAACUGGAUCAAUUGAAGAAAAAAGGACAGGCUACUUCUCUUCAAGAGUACUUUUUAAAGUUAUUUCCAAAACUCCCACUCGUUCUUUAUCAAUUCUUUAGAAGGAACCAUGAAUUGACAAAACGCCCUGCCUUGAAGAAGUUCUUUCCCGUGAUGACCCGUGCGGCAGAGUCCGAUGCAAGUAUGGAUAGAAGCUAAUGUCUACAUAAGGUGUCAGGUUAGUAUAUUUCAUUAUACAAUUUUUGUUCUGCACUUCCUCUCCUAAAAACUAACUAUGCGCCCCAACUCCAGUUUGCAACUGGACCCCUACAGUAAAUUUGCUUGCCUCCCUAAACUGCAGAGGGCAUACGGAGCUGGAGAAACUAACCGUAUUCCGGUUUUCAUUCAGUUGGAUAUUCGUGUAAACUUUGCACUAUUAAACUGCCCGAACUGCAAGCUGAAACGCAAUUUUCUCUGUUUGGUUUGAAAACUCGCAUGUAUGCAGUUACCAUCUAUAGGUUGAGUCAAUAAUGAAAUAAUAAAAAUAAUUUAGUGUAAAAAUUACGGACCUAGAAUUAAAACGAAAUAAUCAUUUUCAUUAAAUUCAUAACAAAACGAAAACUUUAUUUGAUUUUAUUAUUUAGGUUAACCCGAAUUAACAUGUAUUCGCCAUGAAAUGUUCGUGUUUGACCAGUGGCAGUGAUGACAGCUAAUAUUAAACUUUUUAAGUGAUACUUUAGUAAGUUUUAAUUUACACCUAAAAGGACUAUAUA